AUGGCAAACAUUGUAGCAUUUCAUUCAUUUUUCUCUGUAGCACAUGUAAUAUUGCAAAUAUCUAUCAUAUCUGUCUCUAUAUUCUGCGUCACAGAAGCCAGCAAUGGAGCCUUCAAAGCCAGCAAUGGAGCCUUCAGUGUGGAUUUAAUCCACCGAGAUUCGCCAGAAUCUCCCUUUCACAAUCCUUCUUUAUCUCCUUCACACCGCUUGAACAAUGCUUUGCGGCGUUCAUUUAACCGUGUUCAUCAUUUCAGGUCAUCUUAUCCACAAUCAGUUUCAACUGAUGUAAUCCCUGUUGGUGGAGAAUUUCUCAUGAAGAUAUCCUUGGGAACUCCACCGAUUGAAAUCCCUGCCAUUGCUGAUACUGGUAGUGACCUUAUAUGGACACAAUGCAAGCCCUGUACUCAUUGUUACCAUCAAAGGCCUCCUAUGUUCAGUCCCAAAAAGUCUUCUUCAUACAAAGCUGUACCUUGUGGUUCAAGACCAUGCCGAUCUCUUAAAAGAACUUCUUGCCUCCCAAAUGGAAAUACUUGCCAGUAUUCGAUGAGUUAUGGAGAUACGUCUUUCAGUUUUGGCGAGCUUGCCACAGAAACAGUUAGGUUGGGUUCCACUACUGGUCAACCAGUCUCCCUCCCCAACACAAUCUUUGGCUGUGGACAACAUAAUAAUGGUACAUUCAGUGAUGCUGGAUCUGGAAUAGUUGGCCUUGGAGGUGGGUCAAUUUCUCUUAUUUCGCAGAUGGGUUCUUCCAUUGGUGGUAAAUUUUCCUAUUGCUUGGUGCCAAUGCUUGCCCAAAACACAAAAGCCAGCAAAAUGAAUUUUGGAGGCAGUGGUGUGGUUUCAGGUUCUGGGGUGGUUUCCACUCCAAUAGUCCCAAAAUUCCCAGACACUUUCUAUUACUUAACACUGGAAGGGAUCAGUGUAGAGAACAAAAGAUUGAACUUCUAUAAUUCCUCAACCUCAUCAAAUGCUUCUAAAUUAGCUCAGGAUGGUAACAUCAUCAUCGACUCGGGAACCACACUGACUAUCCUUCCAUCAGACCUAUACCUUCAACUAGUAUCAGCAGUGAAAAAUUCAAUCAAGUUUCCAACAAUCAGUGACCCAGAGAAUAUCCUAAACCUGUGCUACUCUGAUUUAGCUGCUAAAGAUAUACCCAUUAUCACUGCACAUUUCAGGGGUGCAGACUUGAAGUUGUAUCCAUUGAACACCUUUGUUAGAACUAGCUCAUCUUCCAUAUGCUUGGCUUUUAUCUCGGCUGAAGACUUCUUCAUUUUCGGUAACCUGGCACAGAUGAAUUUCCUUGUGGGCUAUGACUUACAGAAGAAGACUGUUUCCUUUAAGCCUACUGAUUGCACCAAACACUGA